AUGACAUCCACAACCAAGAAGCCCGACUUGCCAGCGGCGAGUGGCCUCACUGGCCUCACGACAGACCUGCCAGAGCCUGGCGACUUUCCAGAACUUGAUGCCCAGACGCAGGUGCCAGUAAUCAUUGCCAUCUCAGUCGUCCUCGUGCUGUUCUCAGCAACACUGGUUCUCCUCCGGCUGCACACGCGCUACAGGGUCAUCAAAGCAGCUGGUUUAGACGACAUAUCGAUAGGUGUUGCUCAGCUCCUGCUCGCCAAUGAAGUUAUGUUCAAUGUCGCCAAGACGGUUGCAAAGGUUUCUUUACUACUCCAGUAUCGCCGAAUCUUCAGAGGAACCCGCACGGCAGCCGUGUGUCGGUGGCUCAUGAUAUUCGUGCCAAUCUGGUGUAUUGUCACAAUAUUCCUUGUUUCGUUUGCUUUCUGGCUACUUACCUCAUCGGUCAGUCUUGUGACAGACUUCGCAGUCGUUAUAGCGCCUAUACCUGCCACAUGGGCUCUGCAACUAGACAAAAAGCAGAGGACUGUGCUCGUUGUGUUGUUCGGCGUGGGUUUCUGUACCGGUGUUGUCGCGUUCGCUCGUAUAUUUACUCUCAAGACGACUCUCCUCAACGUGGACACGUCCUGGAAUGAGGCUCCCAUUACCUAUCUCGGUGUCAUCGAGGUCAACGUCGCAAUCGCAUGCGCAUGUGUCAUCACACUACGACCCCUGCUGGCUACAUGGUUCCCCCGCGUCUUCAAGAGCUCGUACGGAAACAUGGACCGAUACUGCGCACCCGAGAAUAACGCUGCGUACUUUGGCACGAAGAAGUCGUCCCGGGAUACCGGUUCCCAUAUCGCACCUUCCGUCGAGAUAUACGGUCUAGCGGACUUAGAGGUGGCUCAAGUUGUCGGGAUUACGAGCAGCCAGGAAGAGUUGACUAGUCCAGCCUACUUUGAACCGGCUCACUUUGCCAACCAUCGCGCCACGUCACAAGUAUCUGCAAACAAUGCUGUGGCGCGGGCACCUUCGAGGGUCAUAACGGGCGGGCCAUCUCCGGCCGGCAAGGUACAGAAUCCCCACGACAUCAUGGUCACCACUGAGACCACGGUGGAGGUUGAGACAGUAGACAACGGCAGGAAGCUUAGGCGGGAUCAUCAGAGUUGGCUCACCGAGUCAUCUCAUGGCGGUGACGAGCGUUGA